AUGGACUCGCUUGCUGCCUCGUCCUCGUCUGCCGCAUCGUCCUCGUCCUCGCCUCCCCCACCGCCGUUCACCGACCCCCCAAACUAUGCCUUCCCUCACCACCGUCUGCGCCGCACCCUCCGCAACCCCGACAAGCAGCCAAUCGUCCUCGUCGCCUGCGGGUCCUUCAGCCCGGUCACGUUCCUUCACCUGCGCAUGUUCGAGAUGGCCGUCGACUAUGUCCGCCAGAACACCGACUUUGAGAUCGUCGGCGGCUACCUCAGCCCCGUGAGCGACCAGUACAAGAAGCCUGGCCUGCUCAGCGCACACCACCGCGUCAACAUGUGCACGCUCGCCGCAGAGCAGACGUCGACCUGGCUCAUGGUCGACCCCUGGGAGGCCUUCCAGUCGUACCAGCGCACCGCCGUCGUGCUCGACCACUUCGACCACGAGAUCAACACCUGCCUCGGCGGCGUCGCGACCGCAGACGGCGUGCGCAAGCCCGUGCGCCCGAUGCUGCUCGCCGGCUCGGACCUCAUCGCGACGAUGGGUGAGCCCGGCGUGUGGUCCGAGCCCGAUCUCGAGCACAUCCUCGGGCGCUACGGCGUGCUCACGGUCGAGCGCGCGGGCGCGGACAUGGACCAGGCGAUCGACAGCCUCGCGCGGUGGCGGCACAACAUCCACCUGAUCCACCAGCUCAUCCAGAACGACGUGUCGUCGACGAAGGUGCGCCUGUUCCUGCGCCGCGGGCUGUCCGUGCGGUAUCUGCUGCCGGCGCCCGUCGUGGACUACAUCGAGGAAAACGGCCUGUACAAGGACGACGGGCCCACGACCAGCGCGUCCAGCGGCGCGGUCACGGCUGAGAGAGAAAAGGCGGCCGAGCGGGAGAAGGGGAAGGUGGCGCCAUGA